AUGGACUACUCCAACUACGCCCCUCAUUCAUCCCAGCCCUACUCAACGCUAUACGGGCUGCCCACUCCCGACCAACAGCCACAGGCUCCCUCCGAAGAUGCCCUCCACGACCCAUUUGCCCUGAACGGCGCAUAUAACCAGUAUUAUCCGGGGUUCGACCCCUCUUUCCGCCUCGACCCCUCCUCGUCUUUCGGUCCGCCACCGCAUUCGCCCCCGGACUCGUUCACGAAGCACUCCGUGUCGAGCAAUGACGUGCACAAUAGCACCAAGCUAGAGCCCACGUCAAUUGACGGCGACGAUGGUCAAUACCGCGAUCCGACCGGGCGGAGUAGCAGUGAGGAGAAGGACUCGGCGACACCAGCGCAAAGUAAGCGCAAGGCUCAAAAUCGGGCAGCCCAACGAGCGUUCCGCGAGCGAAAGGAGCGCCAUGUCAAAGAUCUCGAAGACAAAGUGACCAAUCUCGAACAAUCAUCAUCAACCCUGCAAGCCGACAACGAGCGUCUAAAGCGCGAACUCGCCAAAUACGCAACCGAGAACGAGAUUCUCCGCGCAACCUCACACUCCCUAAACGGGGGCAAUGCCGGUGCAAAAGAACACCCUGCACCAACAGUCACAGGCCCAAUGACAUACUCCCCAACAGACUUCUACUCAACCUUGAUGCCCGAAGCUGCCGGUCCCACGGGCCCAACUCCCCAGGGUCAACAUCGUGUCACGGUUUGCGCAAUUACCGGUGAAAGGCUCCUCGAUGCUAGUGCUACUUGGGAUCUUAUUCAGAGCCAUGAGCUGUUCAAGCGUGGACAGGUCAAUAUCGGUGAUGUAGCUGAGCGGCUGAAGGGGAUGGCUCAGUGUAAUGGACAGGGUCCGGCUUUUAAGGAAGGUCAGAUUUUGAAAGCUAUUGAGGAGAGUGUGGAUGAUCGUGAUGAGUUGAUCUGA